AUUUGUUUUGGUUUAGUUAUUUUAUUUUUUAUAAAAGAAACAAAAGCAUUUUUUUCUAUUUUAUUGAAAUAAAAAGGAUGUUACAUUAGUUCACAAUGUCUGAUAUUUGUAGGCUUUGUUUGUCGUUUUGUACGGAGAAAAUGCGGCUUUUGACUGACUGUGAUGGUCUUGUGUACAACAGUAUAAGUUUUAAGAUCUAUAUUCCCUUAAACGAUCAAUUUCCGACUCAUAUAUUUGCACUUCAUGUGUUAAUAAGCUGACAGACUUUAAUAUUUUUUGCUUGCAAGUGCAAAAAAGUGAAGAAAAACUACUCAAAGAAUUUAACAAAGGCAAAGAUGCUUUGGACAAAUUUUAUGAACAAAUUAAAAAUCAAAUUAAACAAGAAAACACACUGUUGCUUGAAAAUGAAGGAGCUAUUGACAAUUUAAAAGAAAAUGAAGUUAAUUCAGUAGAGAUUAAGACUGAAGAACCAAAUUCAGAUUAUGAUGCUCAUUUUGAUUCUGGUGAUGAUGUACCACUUCUCAAAACAAGGGAUAACAAUAUUGAAGACACGCUAAGUUUAAAUAUUACUAAAACUGAAAUAGAAACAGUGACAAAUGUACCAGCAUCAAUUUUUAAUUUCAAAUGUCUUACAUGUUUUGAAGCAUUUAUUAGUCAAAAUAAAUUAUUAGAUCAUUACAAUAAUGUUCAUAAAAUCAAAGAGGAUAUAAAAGGAAAUCAGUAUACACAAGUAAAUGAUAAUGAUAAAGUAUUAUACAAAUGUAAUAAAUGUGAUAAAACUUAUGAUAAUGUAAGAUCGGUUAAUAAACAUGCAAAAACACAUUGUGAUGAAAACUUCCAUUGUAAACUUUGUGGAAGGACAUAUAAAACAGUAUCAGAGAUUAUUAGACACGGCCGAGCUCACAACGGUACGAAAAUGUCUUGCUCGUUGGGAUGUGGCUUCGCUACGGUGUACUCUGGAGCCUUGAAGAAUCAUGAGCGGAGACAUAAGGAAGAGUUUAAGUACAAAUGUGAGACCUGUGGAAAAAGCUUCCAAGUGAAGACCUGGUAUGAACAGCAUCAGAACAUACACACCGGUGCUAAACCAUACAUCUGUGAUAGCUGUGGCAUGGCUUUCCAUAUGGAUAGAUACCUGAAGGCACAUUGCAGUGCCGUGCACCCCGAGGUGUUCUCCAAGAAGCGUUACGUGUGUGUGCACUGCUUGGAGCCCUGCGGGACUAUGAAGGCGCUUACCAGGCAUUUAAAGGAGCAUGGAAUAACUUCCAGUCUGUUGUGCGACUUGUGUGGUAAAACAUUAUCGAGCGCUGAGCAACUCUCGAUCCAUAGACGGACACACACAGGCAUAAAACCGUACUCCUGCAAUAUAUGCCACAAAGCCUUCGCCAAGCGGUCCAACCUAAAACUGCACCAUAUCACACACAGCGGAGAGCGCGCCCACGCUUGUUCUGUAUGCGGCAAGAGAUAUAGCCAACGAAGUACUUUACAUAGACAUAUUCAUAGGCACCAUUCAUCUGAAAAGAAAUGUCCAAAAUGUAAUACCACAUUCGCCACCCACACUGAACUUGAAGCUCACCAGAAAGUCUGUUCUUGAUGUUUU